AUGUCUGCGAAGAACAUUGCAGGGCCAAAUGGCAAGAAGCCUACCACUGCGGCGACGAAUUUGAUCGCCGGCGGAGCAGCAGGUAUGAUGGAAGCACUUGUCUGCCAUCCUCUCGACACAAUAAAAGUCCGUAUGCAACUUUCCACAAGAGCUCGUCGGCCAGGAGCCAAAAAGCGCGGCUUCAUCAAAACGGGCAUGGAAGUAGCGCGCAAAGAAACUCCACUGGCGUUAUACAAGGGAUUGGGCGCUGUAACAACUGGUAUCGUUCCCAAAAUGGCUAUAAGAUUUACGAGUUUCGAGGCAUAUAAGAGGAUGUUGGCGGAUAAAGAAACGGGGAGUGUAACUGGAAAGGCAACUUUCCUGGCUGGUCUAGCAGCCGGAGUAACCGAAGCAGUCGCCGUCGUAACACCUAUGGAAGUCGUCAAAAUCCGUCUCCAAGGCCAAUAUCACUCAAUGGCCGAUCCCCUCGACGUCCCCAAAUACCGCAACGCCGCCCACGCGCUCUUCACCGUCCUCCGCGAAGAAGGGAUCGGCGCCCUCUGGCGUGGUGUCUCUCUCACAGCCUUGCGCCAGGGCUCUAAUCAAGCCGUAAACUUCACAGCGUACACAGAAUUCAAAGAGAUGUUGCAGAAGUGGCAGCCGGAGUAUGAGACGUCGCCGUUACCGAGUUAUCAGACGACGCUCAUUGGAUUGGUGUCGGGCGCGAUGGGUCCUUUGAGUAAUGCGCCGAUUGAUACGAUCAAGACGCGCUUGCAGAAGUUUCCGAGUCAGAUGGGGGAGAGCACUAUGACUAGGAUUAAGGCGAUUACGAGGGAGAUGUUUAAAACAGAAGGAUUCCAUGCAUUCUACAAGGGAAUUACACCACGUAUCAUGCGUGUAGCGCCUGGUCAAGCAGUCACGUUUACCGUCUACGAAUUUUUGAAGGAGAAGUUGGAAAGCAGUAAUAUUCCGUAUGUUGGCGGUAAAUAUGAGGAAUGA